AGCAGAAAAUACAGUACGUGUGAAGUUCACAGUUAGAGAGAAAGCAAUACAGAGGGAAAGGAAAAUCAUAUUCACACAAUCACAGGCAAUGAAGGACAUGAUUCUUGAAUCACUUUUACAAGCAGCAUUCAAAGAGUAUUUACAUAAGGAGGUCCCAAAAAUCAAAAAGCCCUAUAGAGAAGAAGAGAAGAAUGUGGAAAUUCAAGAGAAUGAAGGACACAUGAACCUUGACAUCACUAAGUGUUUCGGGGAGACACGUGUCAAUUUAUCUAAAAUUAUUGCCAAAUAUGUGGUGAUGCUAAACCAAAACAAAUCGCGUUGUUUAGGCUUCCCUGUUAAUCAGGAAUUUGACAAUGAUGCUUUGAAACCGUUAUUGCAUUAUCACUUAAACAAUGCAGGUGAUCCAUUUCUCGGGAGCGGCUAUGUGCUAAAUUCAGCAGAAUUUGAAGUUUGUGUGCUUGAUUGGUUUGCCAAACUAUGACAAAUGGAGAAGGGUGAAUAUUGGGGAUACGUUACAACAGGUGGGACUGAAGGAAACUUACAAUGAAUUUUAAUGGGGUAAGUUUUUGUUGAAUUUCAUUUCUAGAGAGCCUUUUGAAAUUUUACUAUUAAGUAGAAAUAAUGCCUCUUGUAUAGGUUUAUGCAUUUUCCAAACAAGAUCGUUAAAUAUUGUGUUUAUUAUUUGUAGGAGGAAAAUUUUUAAGACGGGGUUUUAUAUACUUCAGAGAACUCACAUUAUUCACUAUUCAAAAUAGCAAUGAUGUACAUAAUGCAAUGUGCCGUGUAAAGGUCAACACGUUUGUCUCGGGUGAGAUUAAUUGUGCUCAUUUCAACACUUCACUUCUAUCUCACAAGGACAAACCAGCCAUCACAUCAACCUAAACAUAGGUAUCUCAUAUUUGAUAAGUUACUUUGGCACACCCACAAUAUAGCCAUGUAGAGAAAAUAUAUAGACACUUUGCUAACUCACUUUUUCUUGAAUAUCUAUAGGAACAACUAUGAAAGGAGCAAUUGAUGACAUUGAUCUUGUAAUACAAACACUUGAAGAAUGUGGCUUCCCUCGUGAUCGGUUCUAUAUUCAUUGUGAUGGAGCUCUAUCCGGAAUAAUGUUGUCGUUUCUUAAACACGUGAAUAAAAGUUAUUAACCUCAAUGUCAAGUUUAACAUAUGUAUUACUUCAGUGAUGGUUCACAUACGAAGAACAAUGAAAAAGUGCUACAAAUUAUGAAUAACAACGAGAAAUGUUGCAAAUA